CACUUGCAUAAUAUUUGAUGAAUUUAAUAAAAAAUAUCAAAUUAAGUAUAAUAUAUUUUUUAUGGGUUAGGUUUGGAUCAAAUUUUACCUAGAUGACCGCAAACACCCUACCAAUGAGGGAAUAUUAUAUAAUGCAGUGUAACAUACAAACAAUACACCACUUAUUUUACUUUACUACUUACUAAUAACAAAAUAGAUACACCACUACCUAAAUAUUCUUUUCUCUAGCUCAUAAUUAUCAUUGUAGCUAAUCAAUAAUCACAACUAGAGAAAAAUGGGAUCUCAAGGUCCAAUAGAUCCAUUCAUUCAUGUUUUUCUCAUUUCAUUUCCUGGUCAAGGACAUGUCAAUCCAUUACUUCGACUUGGCAAACGCCUCGCCUCUAAAGGUGUCCUGGUCACCUUUUGCGCACCUGAAUGUGUAGGCAAGGAUAUGAGAGAAGCCAAUAAGAACAUAAUUAGUGAUGAGCCAACUCCUUAUGGAGACGGUUUCAUUAGAUUUGAGUUUUUCAAUGGAUGGGAGUAUACUCAGCCUAAAGAGAAUCGCCAGCUCGAAACAGAGCUGGCGAAUCUUGAAUCUUUAGGCAGGGUAUUACUCCCUGAAAUGAUAAAACAGAACGAAGCGAAUGGUCGUCCUGUUUCAUGUCUAAUCAACAAUCCAUUUCUUCCAUGGGUAUGUGAUGUAGCUAAAAGUCUUGAUAUACCUUAUGCUGUCCUUUGGGUACAAUCUUGUGCUAGUUUCUCUACUUACUAUCACUAUCAUUUCAAUCUUGAAAAUUUCCCAAAUGAAUCAAAUCCUCACAUUGAUGUUCAUUUGCCUAACAUGCCAAUCCUCAAAUGGGAUGAACUUCCUAGUUUCUUGCUCCCAUAUAAUCCAUUUCCUGUCUUAGCAAACGUAGUUUUGCGCCAAUUCAAUUACCUAUCUAACCCCAUUCGUAUUUUCAUCGAGUCAUUUGAAGAGCUCGAAAAAGAUAUAGUGAACUACAUGUCCAAUUUUUUUCCCAUCAAGACCGUUGGUCCAUUAAUAGUCGAUGAACACUCAAAAAUCGGAGAAAAUAUUCGUGCUGACUUAGUGAAGGCUGAUAGCUCCAUCACUCAAUGGCUCAACUCCAAGCCACCAUCCUCAGUUGUUUACAUUUCUUUUGGAAGCAUCGUUGUUCCAAGCCAGGAACAAGUCGAUGAGAUUGCCUACGGGCUAUUGGAUUCAGGGCUAAACUUCUUGUGGAUCAUGAAGCCACCUCGAAAAAACUCAUCCUUCCCCACAGUAGUCUUGCCACAAGGCUAUUUGGACAAAGUUGGGAAUAAAGGAAAAGUUGUGGAAUGGUGUUUGCAAGAAGAGGUUUUAGCACAUCCGUCUUUAGUCUGUUUCCUGACUCACUGUGGAUGGAAUUCGUCAAUGGAGGCUAUCGUGAAUGGUGUCCCUAUCGUGGCAUUUCCACAAUGGGGGGAUCAAGUCACGAAUGCUAAGUACUUAGUGGACGAAUUCAAAAUAGGCGUAAGACUAUCUAGAGGUGUGACAGAGAAGAGGACUAUUCCUCGAUACGAAGUUGAACAAUCUUUGCACGAGGUGUCCAGUGGUCCUAAGGCCGCGGAGAUGAAAUCAAAUGCAUUGAAUUGGAAGAAGAAAGCCGCGGAGGCAGUGGCGGGAGGUGGUUCAUCCGAUCAGAAUUUGCAGUGUUUUAUUGAUGAACUUGUAACACUACAAAAAAAUUGUGAAGUUAGAACCUCUAUCCAAUUAGUGUAACAAACACACUUUUGUUUAUUACAUGUAAGCAUGAAGCCUUUAAGCCACAUUUGUUAGUUUAUUUUCGGUACUAGAGUACAAGGUUAGUAGGUAGUCUAUUGUUGUUUUGCUUAAGAUGACUGGUGUUUGUGAUGGUACGAGUUGUGUUAUUGUACUUCUUUUUUAAUUUUAUUUUUAUUAUUUAUUUAUUUUACUAA